AUGGAACCUAGCGCAUCUGGAACAAUGGCUUUAAGAGAUCGGGAUCCUGAAGAUGAAACUACGGUAAGUUAUUCUAACUAUCCUAUAAUAAAUUUUUAACCAUAAUUUAAUUAAUUUCAGUUCAAUUUCGAUGAUUUGCCGAUUCGUAUUAUAGAGCUAAUUUUCCAAUAUUUGGAAACUUAUGAAAUAGUGAAAAUGAGAAGAGUUCUACCGUCUUUCAAAGAUUAUAUAGAUGAAUUGCCGAAGACGAAAAGGUAGGGAUUUGGGACUAGAAUGGGACCAGGCUAAGUUUAGGGGCCAAAAAAGCCCGUAGUAAUUACUCACCAAAACUAUUCUUUCAUUUAUGAGAAAUGAGAGAAAAAUUAGGUCACGCAAUAUUUUUAAAAGUAGUUUUCGUACAAAAAUUCAAAAAAACAACUGAUUGACUAAUUUCAAUUAGCAAAACCAUUUCUCAAACCUAAAAUAUGCUAUUUUCAGCUCAAUUCGGCCAUUCGAGAUGAAUAUUGACAACAACCGUUUCUCAUUCUGCCGAAACGAUUUGUCAGCAACAUUUCGAACCCUGGAAUACCCCUAUUAUUAUCCAAAUUAUCAUCGAAUUUACGAAGAUGUUCAACUAAACUGGAUUCGACCUUUCACAAUAACCUACAGAUCAUCGAACGUUCUCGAAAGUUCCACGAAAUUUCGAGAAUUUUUGAGAAAUGUCUGGAAAUUUGAGGUUUAUAGUAUUGCGAAAGGCGAAAAAUCUCUGGACAAUUUUUGUAAAAACAUAGAAUUCAUUGAAAAUCUUCAAGACUUUAAAUGUUUUGAUUGGGAAUUGAAGGAGGAAGAAGUGGUGAAAAUUAUUUCGAGUAUUAAAGACACAUAUAACUGUUUUCAAUUAACUCUUCAUCAGAAUUUACCAUUUUUGACACAGCCAAUUAUCGAUUGUUUUUUCAAAAUAACCCACGGAAAAAGAGCGGAACUUCAUAUUAGCAAUGAAGAAAUUUCGAACAGAACGCGAUUUAACGGAUCGAAAGAAAUGUGGAGAGAUGGAAUAUUUCGAUUUUUCGAUUACAAAUAUGAAGAGGAAGAAACAAGAAAUGUUACAAAAAUCUUGCAAUUCUCAAAUUGCGAAAGAUCUACUGGGCUCACGAUUGUUUCGGUGCUUCAUCGAAAGUUCAACGAACAAUCGAUUAAUCGUACUACCCCAAAUUAUAGCUCACUCCGUUUUGGAAAUCGGAUUUUAAUAUGUAAACAUAUCUUUUGA